GCUGCGCCGGUGCCCGGCCCGGGCGCAGCGGUCGCGGCAGCCUGCGGGCUUCAGGCUGCGAGCCCCGGGGCGGCGGCGCGGGGCGGCAGCUGCCGCAACGCUGCGCGGGCGAGCAGGCGGGAGAUGCCGAAGCUGCGCGGGGAAGCCUUCUGGAGGGAGACGCUGCGGAGCGCCCACUACGUGGUGGCGCCCAUGGUGGACCAGAGCGAGCUGGCCUGGAGGCUGCUGAGCCGCCGCCACGGCGCCCAGCUCUGCUACACACCGAUGCUGCACGCCCAGGUCUUCCUCAGGGACGCCAACUACCGCCGCGAGAACCUCUACGGGGAGGCCUGUCCCGAGGACCGCCCGCUCAUCGUGCAGUUCUGUGCCAACGAUCCUGAAGUGUUUGUCCAAGCAGCACUGUUGGCUCAGGAUUACUGUGAUGCCAUAGACCUAAAUUUGGGUUGCCCCCAAAUGAUUGCAAAGAGAGGUCACUAUGGAGCAUUUCUGCAAGAGGAGUGGGAUCUUCUUCAGAGAAUGAUUUUACUGGCUAACGAGAAGCUCUCUGUUCCCAUCACAUGCAAAAUCCGCGUUUUCCCAGACAUUGACAAGACAGUGAAGUAUGCACAGAUGCUGGAGAAAGCUGGCUGCCAGCUGCUGACUGUGCAUGGCCGUACUAAAGAACAGAAAGGACCACUUGCUGGCGUGGCAUCUUGGGAGCACAUUCAAGCUGUAAGAAAAGCUGUAAACAUUCCUGUAUUUGCAAAUGGAAACAUCCAGUGUCUCAGCGACGUGGAAGAAUGCAUACGUAAGACAGGAGUACAUGGCGUCAUGAGUGCAGAAGGUAAUCUUCAUAACCCAGCUUUGUUUGAGGGCCGGAACCCAUUGGUGUGGGAGAUGGCUGAGGAGUAUCUGGAGAUAGUGCGGAAGUACCCUUGUCCAUUGUCGUACGUUAGGGCACAUCUCUUCAAGCUCUGGCAUCACACGCUUCAAGUUUACCAGCAGCUGCGUGAAGAAUUAGCAAAAGUGAAGACUCUAGAAGGCAUCGUAGAUGUCAACAGGGAGCUGAAACUACGAUGCCAGGAAGAAAUAGCUAAUCAGAAAGAAGGAGAAAAGCCAAAAGAAGGGUUGCCUUUUUUCCACUGGAUCUGUCAGCCAUACAUCAGGCCAGGUAAAAACGAGGAAUCCCACUGCAGCUCAGAACAAGAACCUGAUGUGUAUGGAAUAUGCUACCUGACACUGCUUUAUUGUUUCUUGAAACAUGAAUGUUGCUGGCCAAAGGAGAGAUGUAGGGAGAAUGGAGAUAGUGGAACUGAAAAAGGUGUGCGAGGGAAACGUGCUCUGGAAGAAGAGGAAGAUGGAAAUUCUGAGCUUCUGUCAAAGAAUAAACAAAAAAAGAAGUUAAGAAAUCCUAAUAAAAGCUUUGAUCCAUCUUUAAAACCCAAAUAUGCAAAAUGUGAUCAAUGUGGAAACCCUAAGGGCAAUAAAUGUGUGUUUAAUAUGUGCCGAGGGUGCUGUAAGAAAAGAGCAUUCAAGGAGGUAGCAGAUUGUCCAGGUCAUGGAUUACUUUUUAAGACCAAGUAUGAAAAAUCUCUUUCAUGGCAGCACAGUCAAAGAGGAAUUCAAACCCCAGACAUCAAUCAGAGAGGAGAUGCACAGGUGGGGGAGACAGCAGUGCUGAAGGAGGCUGCUGACAGUACAGGGUGAAGCUUUGGAAAUGAACAGCCCAAGAGCUCCUGCCAGACCACUACUUCCCUGGGCCAAAGAAUGUGUCAUCUCCAGCUCACUGUCAGCUGUGUGAACUUGUUCCACAUGAUUAAGUUCUAGAAAAUUUUUAUUUAAGUAAAAAAUUGCUUUUACUCAGGGAAUUAUCCUGCAUUUGAAAUAAAAGAGAUGCAAUUAAAUGUCUCAUGCUGCAUUUGAAA